AUCAAAACAAUGUAAUGUAAGUAAGUGACAUUGAGUAUUAUUGAGGAACAUGUGUACUAUCAACAUUCCAAACUUACUUUAAUAAUUGGUAAGUAAAAAGAAACAACGAGGGACGGAGGAAGAAAGAAGAAUGAUGAAAAGAAAAAUUCCGAUGGCCGGUCAAUUUCGUCCUCAACACUCUCCCCAUAUAAAUUCACUGUCUCCAAACAAAUACCUCAAAACAUCCCCCAUCAAUGGCUUCCUUCUCCUUCUCCUCCUCCUCCUCCAUUCUCUUCCUCCUCUUCUCCAUUUCCAUUGCCGCAACUUCCUUCACCCCCAAAUCCCUCGUUCUCCCUGUCAUCAAACAUCCAUCUCUCCAAUACAUCAUCCAGAUCCACCAACGAACUCCUCUGGUUCCAGUCAAUCUCACGGUUGACCUCGGCGGUCGCUUCAUGUGGGUCGACUGUGACCGUGGCUACGUUUCUUCCUCCUACAAACCCGCUCGCUGUCGCUCCGCCCAAUGCUACCUCGCCAAAUCCAUUUCCUGCGGCAAAUGCUAUUUGCCGCCCCACCCCGGCUGCAACAACCACACUUGCCACCUUCCCGCCGAAAACACCGUUAUCCAACUCUCCUCUAGCGGAGAAGUUACUUCCGACGUUGUCUCUGUUUCUUCCACCAACGACUUCAAUCCAACCAGAGCCCUCUCCGUCCACAAUUUCCUGUUCGUCUGCAGCUCGACUUUCCUCCUCGAAGGCCUUGCCGGCGGUGUAACUGGAAUGGCAGGAUUCGGAAGAACCAGAAUCUCUCUACCAUCCCAAUUCGCCGCCGCCUUCAGCUUUAACCGGAAAUUCACCGUGUGCUUGAGCGGCUCCACUAGAUUCCCUGGCGUCAUCUUCUCCGGUUACGGCCCAUACCAUUUCUUACCCAACACCGACUUAACAAAUUCUCUCACUUAUACCCCGUUGUUCAUCAAUCCCCUUGGCUUCGCCGGGGAAAAAUCGUCGGAGUAUUUCAUCGGCGUUAAAUCCAUCGAAUUCAACUCCAAAACCCACUUUCUUAACACCGUCCCACUGAACACCACUCUUCUGAAAAUCGACCGCAACGGAAACGGUGGUACAAAAAUCAGUACCGUCAAUCCAUACACCGUACUGGAACCAUCAAUUUACAACGCGUUGGUGAAAACAUUCACGACGGAGCUCGGGAACAUUCCGAGAGUGGAUGCGGUGGCGCCGUUUGAGGUGUGUUAUAGUUCAAAGAGCUUUGGAAGUACUGAAUUGGGGCCGGGUGUGGCAUCGAUUGAUUUGAUUUUGCAGAACAAAAAAGUGAUUUGGAGAAUGUUCGGUGCGAACUCGAUGGUGCUUGUGAACGACGAGGUAUUGUGCUUGGGAUUUGUUGACGGUGGAGUGGAAGCGAAAACGGCGGUGGUGAUUGGAGCCCACCAAAUCGAGGAUAAUUUGCUUGAAUUUGAUUUGGCAACUUCUAGACUUGGAUUUAGCUCAACUUUACUGGGACGUAACACUAAUUGUGCUAAUUUUAAUUUAUCCUGAUGCUUGAUUCAUUCAAAAUUUG